AUGGAUUCAGAGGUGACAAGCCUCUCAACUUCGUCCCCUGCCAGAUCUCCUUCAUUUACGCCCUCACUCAACAAAUCUUUCCUGAAUCCUCUCUCCAAAUACAAAGAAAUAUCUCUCGGACACCUCUCCAAACGAUAUACCACCACCAUGAACAUCUUGAACAAGCUUGUUGGCUUCGGCUCCCUGAGGGUUACUCAAUCCACUGCAAAGCUGCAGAUCAUCACCUCGAUCAAGGAUAAGGAUUCAAAGUUUAGAUUGGUUCUUGUUGAGAGCAGGAUUCACAAGGCCACUCAGAAGUCGGCUCUAGCUACCGGAGGAGUGAAGAAACCACACAGGUUCAGGCCUGGGACGAUGGCACUAAGGGAGAUCAGGAGCUGA